CACGACGGGAAAUUUUUACCCAACCUUAUAGCGCAAGAAAACGUCUCCCAGUUCAUAUUUAAGCUUUUGCAGAGUUUCAGAAAAUUCAUCCGAUUAAUUUUUCAGUCUCUGCAAUUCAUCUGUUUGAAGUCUACAAAAAUCAGGAGACGAUGAUGAAAAUUGAUUUUGGUGGGCUCUAUCCCUCGGCACCUAUAAAGGGCAAUAGGGAUGAUUUGCAUGAUGAGAUUUCAGCUCCACCAUCUUUCAAGCUUCCUACUACUGUUGAUGUCUCAACUGCAUCUAGUUGGAGUUCGAGGAGUAGGAAUUCUGCUUCUGACUAUAAAUACGAUGACCAAAACCAAAGCAAUAACUGGAACCACCACAGAAGCUCCAGCAGAUCAACAAGGCAUAGAUAUGAUUCUGACAGAGAAGGGAGGACCCCGAGAGAGAGAUCCCGUGGUGAAGAAAGAGAACACAGUGCAGACUAUGGACGAAAGAGAAGUAGAUACGAAAGAGAACAAAGUGUUGCCACCUCACAUUUUUGCAUCAUGGCUCGUGUCAUUGCAGGCAGAUCUGACUGGGACAACGGACGAUGGGAAUGGGAAGAUACACCACAUCGUGAAGGCCGCAGUUCGGGAAGCAGAGACCACCGUCAUUGGCCGUCCCCCAAGUUUGUUGGGGCAUCUCCUGAUGCAAUGCUUGUUUCCCCGUGGUUGGGUGGGCGUACUUCCUCUCCUGCUCCUGCGUCUCCUUGGGACAGCUUUGCACCUUCGCCCACUUCGAUUCGAGCUUCUGGGUCCUCCGUUAGGUCUGUGGGUUCCCGAUAUGGUGGCAAGUCAAAUAAGUUCAACUCCUCUCUGGAUAAGCUUGAGAUUUUUCUUCUUUCUGUUCCCAUUUGGCUGGUUCAAGGAUGGAGAAAAUGGCGUGGAUAAAUUACCAGAAGACCAAGAUCAUGAUAUAUCAGAAAGUAUGCGGUUAGAGAUGGAGUACAAGGCUGAUCUUGCCUGGUAUGAUCGGGAAGAAGAUGGCAAUGUGUAUGGUGAUGAUAGCUUGUCAUCUUUUCUCGGUAAUGAGGCAUCUUUUCAGAAAAAGAAAAAGGAGGCUGAGCUGGCUAAAAGACUGGUACGUAAAGAUGGAAGCCAGAUCACUCUUGCACAGAGCAAGAAAUUAUCACAGAUGACUGCCGAUAAUGCUCAAUGGGAGGAUAGACAAGUGUUGAGAUCGGGAGCUGUUAGAGGAACUGAAGUGCAGACCGAGUUCGAUGAUGAGGAAGAACGAAAAGUUAUUCUUCUUGUGCAUGAUACAAAACCUCCUUUUCUUGAUGGAAGGAUUGUUUACACCAAGCAAGCCGAGCCCAUUAUGCCAUUAAAAGACCCUACAUCAGAUAUGGCCAUAAUAGCACGGAAAGGCUCGAAUUUGGUUAGGGAGAUCCAUGAAAAACAGAGCAUGAACAAGUCACGGCAACGUUUUUGGGAGCUCGCUGGUUCAAAGUUAGGUGAAAUUCUUGGGGUUGAGAAAACUGCAGAACAGAUUGAUGCAGAUACUGCUAAAGUGGGUGAAGAAGGUGAAGUUGAUUUCAAAGAGGACGCAAAAUUUGCGCAGCAUUUAAAGAAGGAUGAGGCAGUGAGCGAUUUUGCUAAAUCGAAAACGUUAGCCCAACAGCGGCAGUAUCUGCCCAUUUUCUCUGUACGAGAGGAGUUACUUCAGGUGAUCCGUGAGAAUCAAGUGGUGGUAGUGGUUGGUGAAACUGGUUCAGGGAAAACAACACAACUAACCCAGUAUCUUCAUGAGGAUGAGUACACAAGCAAUGGCAUUGUUGGUUGCACUCAGCCACGUCGUGUAGCUGCCAUGAGCGUUGCCAAAAGAGUCAGUGAGGAGAUGGAAACUGAACUUGGCAAUAAAGUUGGAUAUGCAAUACGUUUCGAGGAUGUCACUGGGCCCAACACUGUCAUUAAGUACAUGACUGAUGGUGUGCUUCUGAGGGAGACUCUCAAAGAUGCUGACCUGGAAAAAUAUCGCGUUGUUGUGAUGGAUGAAGCACACGAAAGAUCCCUAAGCACAGAUGUCCUAUUUGGCAUCCUUAAGAAAGUCGUCGCCAGACGCCGUGACUUCAAGCUCAUCGUGACAUCAGCCACCCUUAAUGCCCAGAAAUUCUCUGAUUUCUUUGGGAGUGUACCCAUAUUCCACAUCCCGGGACGAACUUUCCCGGUCGAGAUCCUCUACAGCAAAACGCCCUGCGAAGACUACGUAGAAGCUGCCGUUAAACAAGCCCUAACAAUCCACAUCACCAGCCCCCCUGGCGACAUACUCAUCUUCAUGACGGGCCAAGACGAGAUCGAGGCCACGUGCUAUGCCCUAGCCGAGCGCAUGGAGCAGCACGCCACCAAGAAAGAAAUCCCGAAGCUUUUAAUCCUCCCCAUCUACUCCCAGCUCCCGGCCGAUCUCCAGGCUAAGAUCUUCCAGAAAGCCGAAGGUGGGGCUCGAAAGUGCAUCGUGGCCACAAACAUUGCCGAGACAUCCCUCACCGUCGAUGGAAUCUUCUACGUAAUCGACACCGGUUACGGCAAGAUCAAAGUGUAUAACCCGCGCAUGGGCAUGGACGCCCUCCAAGUUUUCCCGGUUAGUCGGGCUGCGGCAGACCAGCGGGCUGGACGAGCGGGCCGCACAGGGCCCGGAACUUGCUACCGCCUCUUCACCGAAUCUGCCUACCUCAACGAGAUGCUCCCGAGCCCUGUCCCUGAAAUCCAGCGCACAAACCUCGGCAAUGUUGUCUUACUUCUCAAGUCCCUCAAGAUUGAAAACCUGCUCGAUUUCGACUUCAUGGAUCCUCCCCCGCAGGAGAAUAUCCUCAAUUCCAUGUACCAGCUCUGGGUUCUUGGCGCGUUGAGCAAUGUCGGUGAUCUAACCGACCUCGGCUGGAAAAUGGUCGAGUUCCCGCUCGACCCGCCCCUCGCCAAAAUGCUUCUGAUGGGCGAAAAACUCGGAUGCCUUAACGAGGUUUUGACCAUCGUAUCCAUGCUUUCGGUCCCGUCGGUUUUCUUCCGGCCCAAGGAUCGGGUUGAAGAAAGCGACGCUGCUCGGGAGAAAUUCUUGGUGCCGGAGUCCGAUCACCUGACGCUACUCAACGUGUACCAGCAGUGGAAAGGUAAGCAGUACAGGGGAGAUUGGUGUAACGACCACUUUUUACACGUCAAGGGGUUGAAAAAGGCUCGGGAGGUGAGGUCACAGCUGCUCGACAUACUUAAAACGCUUAAAAUCCCGCUCACAUCAUGCGGGCCCGACUGGGAUGUCCUGCGAAAGGCUAUAUGCUCGGCUUAUUUCCAUAACUCUGCUCGGCAGAAAGGUGUUGGGGAGUAUGUAAACUGUAGGAAUGGGAUGCCGUGUCAUUUGCACCCGAGCAGUGCUAUAUACGGGCUGGGGUACACUCCGGAUUACGUGGUGUACCACGAGCUGGUGCUGACGAGCAAGGAGUAUAUGCAGUGUGCGACAGCUGUCGAACCUCAGUGGCUGGCGGAGCUUGGGCCGAUGUUUUUCUCGGUUAAGGACUCGGAUACGUCGAUGCUGGAGCAUAAGAAGCAGCAGAAGCAGGAAAAGACGGCUAUGGAAGAGGAGAUGGAGAGUCUGAGGAAAGUGCAGGCGAUGAGAGAGAAGGAAGGGAAGGAGAGAGAUAGGGCCAAGAGGGAGAAGGAGCAGCAGCGGGUGUCCAUGCCUGGGUUAAAGUCGACUUAUUUGAGGCCCCCCAAGAAACUGGGUUUGNAGCCAUGGGUAUUGGGUACCUUUCUUUUUGAAGUUGCUAUGGGUUAUUUCAAGCAAAAACAGGCUUGUACUAUGUAA